AGUGACAUGACAGCUUCUGUCUUGUCAUCUAAUUGUCUCAUUUAUUCACUUAUAUACCGAAUAAUUAAAUUUUAUUUUUAUUUAUAUGAAAUAUUAUCGCUUAUAUUAUUUAUAAGCAAUAUAGUCUAAAACGUUUGUUGUGAUAAUAAACUGAAGUGAACAUGUCGAGACAAGAGAAAAGCUCAAAGCCUGGGUUUGUUAUCAAACUUUCGUGUGAAACCGUGCAAAAAUUGUCCGAAGAAGACCAACAGCCCAAAGAAAAAAGUGAGUCCGCGAUUUCUGCGCAUACAGAUAAUUUGUCAGUUAGCAAAAGUGAAGAAAAGCCCAAGCAGAUUGAAGAUAAUUUUAUAGUUAGUCAGAAUACUGAAACAAAAAGUGAAUUAAAUGUAGAUCCAAAAGAUACAGAUGAUAACCUUCGUAAAAAUGUUAAAAACCUUGAAAAUGAAGAGGAGCUAUUGGAACAAAAUAAAAUAUCCAACACUGAUAUAAUAGAUACUGAUAAAAAAGAUAACAGCAAAGGUAAUGCAACAGCAUGGGGUGAUUAUGCUCCGUACAUUACUUUCGAAGGUGUAAAAGCUAUUUAUACAGAUCCAUCGACACAACAAAAAUAUGUAUGGGAUGAAACGAGUAAUUCUUGGACUCCUAAAAGUGGACAAGAUGUGCCUGGUAGGGUAUACAGCUAUGAAAAUGACACGCAUGUGUACACAGAGCAGGAUGGAUCAAAAUUCUUUUGGGAUGAAGAAAAGAAGGCAUGGAUACCUAAAGUUGAUGAUGAUUUUUUAGCCUUGUAUCAAAUGUCAUAUGGUUUUGUCGAUAACACUCCUAAAGAAGAAAGCAAGGAGGAGAUGGUAAAAAAAGAAGCAAAAAAGAAAGCUGAUGCAACCAGUUUGAAAAGAAAAAAUGAGCCACAGUGGUUUGAACCAUCUGAAGAAACAAAUACAAAGGUGUAUGUAUCAAAUUUGCCAUUGGAUAUAACAGAAGAGGAUUUUGUUAAUUUCAUGCAGAAAUGUGGCCUCGUGGAAAGGGAUCCGAGCACACAGAAAAUGAAGGUGAAAUUGUAUAUGGAUAAAGAGCAAAACUGUUUCAAAGGUGACGCGUUAUGUACAUAUAUAAAAAUUGAAUCUGUUGAUCUAGCAUUGAAACUAUUAGAUGGUAGUGACUUUAAAGGUCAUAAGGUCAAAGUAGAGAGGGCUCAUUUCCAAUUGAAAGGUGAAUAUAACCCUGCUCUAAAACCGAAGAAAAAAAAGAAAAAGGAAUUGGAAAAAAUAAAGAAAAUGCAGCAAAAGUUAUUUGAUUGGCGGCCGGAGAAAUUCAUCGGUGAACGGUCUAAGCAUGAGAGAGUAGUAAUAGUAAAGAACUUGUUUCAGCCCACGGACUUUGAUAAGGAUGUGCAGCUUAUACUUGACUAUCAGCAAGAUUUACGAGAAGAAAGUUCUAAAUGUGGUGAGGUACGUAAGGUGGUCAUCUAUGACAGGCAUCCUGAAGGAGUUGCUCAGAUUACCAUGAAGGAACCUGCAGAAGCUGAUGCAGUGGUCCAAUUAAUUAAUGGAAGGUGGUUUGGUAAAAGGCAAAUUACAGCAGAAAUAUGGGAUGGAAGGACCAAGUAUAGAAUUGCAGAAACAGAUGCAGAUAUAAGCAAGAGAAUAGAUAAGUGGGAUAAGUUUUUAGAAGGAAAAGAAGAUCAAAACAAGGAAAGCAAGCCAGAAGACAAAAAUAAUGAAAAAGAAAGCAGUGAACAAUCUAAUGUUGUAGUCUCUCCAGAAAUGGUUGAAACUAAAAAAGUUGCAUAGUUUCAUUAUGUUUAUUUUAUAAUACAUUUUAUUAUAAGAAUACAUUAAUUAAUCAAAUUAAUAAAUUAUAUUUAUUUGAUUGAAAUAUA